GGUUGAUUUAAUGUUACUCUUUCUACUGCCUCCAUAUGAUAUGAUCCCCAGAACUGCCAGGCCUGUAUGUUUCUGUGAAAUAAGCUUAGGCCUUAUUGUGAAAGUGGAGGAGCUAUCUGUGCACGAGGAUGCUCUGAAAAGGGGGGCCCUUCUGUCUGGAUUUAAGGCAUAAAAGCGGGAAAAACAUCGAAGGCAACCAUGUCGAAAGUUGUCAGUAACAAGGAGAAGAAAUCCUUCAGUAAAAAACUCUUCCGGAGGAGCUCUGUCCGCUCCGUGGGGAGCUUUAUGAACAGAGUUCUCCGGACUCUGUCGACUCUGUCUCAUUUCGGCACCGACGAGCAGGCCGCCGAGGACGACAAGGACGAAGCGGGUUCGAUUCCCAACACCACCGGGGGGUCGGUACCGUCAGACGACAGCGACUGUGGGGGUUUCCCGUUUGGCGAUAAGGUGCCAGGUGUCGCCGGGCUCAAAAACCACGGUAACACCUGCUUCAUGAACGCUAUCCUGCAGUGCCUGAGCAACACGGAGCUGUUCGCGGAGUACCUGGCUCUGGAGCAGUUCAAAGGGGCAGAGACCACCACCACCACUACCACCACCAGCAGCAGCAGCGAUAAACCCAAGUCUAACGGGGUGCUGGUGCAGAAGAAAGGCAGCCAGCAGCAGCAGGACUCCGGGGAGGUGACCGAGCAGCUGUCCGGGCUGGUCCGGGCUCUGUGGACCUUUGAGUACACACCUCAGCACAGUAGAGACUUCAAGAACGUGGUGUCUAAGAGCGCCCUGCAGUUCAAGGGGAACUCCCAGCAUGAUGCUCAGGAGUUCCUGCUCUGGUUAUUGGAUAGAGUUCAUGAAGACCUCAACCACAUGGUCCACCCUGACAGCAGACCCCCGAGGAAGCCUCCAGUAGAAGAAGAAAAUCCCCCUGAAGGAUCUCCAGUACCAGCACCUGGCUCUUUUGUACAGGAACUGUUUCAGGCACAAUACAGGUCCUCGCUGACCUGCCCUCACUGCCAGAAACAGAGCAACACCUUUGAUCCUUUCCUCUGCAUCUCACUGCCAAUCCCGGUACCUCACACACGGCCGCUGUAUGUGACAGUGGUGUACCAAGGAAAGUGCUCCCACUGUAUGAGAGUCGGAGUGGCCGUGCCUCUCUCUGGCACCGUGUCCAGGCUAAGACAAGCUGUGGCUCAAGAGACUAAAAUCCCUGCCCAACAGAUUGUCCUCACUGAAAUGUACUUUGAUGGCUUUCACCGCUCCUUCUGUGAUGACGACGAAGACCUUGAGAUCAUUCAGGAGAGCGACUCCAUCUUUGCCUUUGAGACACCGGAGCUAUUUAGACCGGAUCAGAUCCGCUCCAAGCGAGGGAGCCCACAUGCGAACCUUAACCAGAACAACCUGAAGUAUGGCACAGAUAACAACAGGAUAUCCACACAAAUACAAGAACCAACAACCCCACCUCAAAGUCCCAAUAAGAACAGCGGGCAGGCCGAGAAGAUCGUCCUGCUGGUGUGUAACCGAGCGUGUGCUGGGCAGCAGGGACGCAGGUUUGGUAAUCCGUUCAUUCUAUAUUUGGAGCGAACGGUGACAUGGGAUGUACUUCAGAAAGAGAUCUUGGAGAAAAUGCGACAUCUACUGCGCCCUGGAGUCUUUGUUCAGGUGGGGCCCUUCACUCUGCGUGUGGUAGGAGUGGUUGGAAUCACAUAUCUCUUACCUCAGGAGGAGCAGCCACUCUGCCAUCCCUCAGUGGAGAGGGCAUUCAAGUCUUGUGGUCCUGGAGGUCCACCUCAUGUCAAAAUUGUUGUUGAGUGGGACAAGGAGACUAAAGACUAUCUGUUCAAAAGAACCGAAGAUGAAUACAUCCCUGACGCUGAAAGUGUGCGGCAGGUGAAGGAGCAGCACCAGCAGCCUCAGACCUGCUCGCUCGCCCAGUGCUUUCAGCUCUACACCAAAGAGGAACAGCUGGCUCCUGAUGAUGCAUGGCGAUGUCCACACUGUAAGCAGCUUCAGCAGGGCAGCAUCAAGCUGAGUCUGUGGACCCUGCCAGAUAUCCUCAUACUCCACCUGAAGCGCUUCAGACAGGACGGGGAUCGGCGAAUGAAGAUGCAGAACAUGGUGAAGUUCCCACUCACAGGCAUGGACAUGGCACCCCAUAUGGUGAAAAGGAGCCAGAGCAGCUGGAGCCUCCCCUCCCACUGGUCACCAUGGAGACGGCCUUAUGGGAUGGGCCGUGACCCUGAGGACUAUCUUUACGACUUGUACGCAGUGUGUAACCAUCAUGGGACCAUGCAGGGGGGACAUUACACAGCUCACUGUAAGAACUCCAUUGAUGGACAGUGGUACUGCUUUGAUGACAGCGAUGUACAGCCCAUAUCUGAGGAUGAGGUCUGCCAGCACACUGGUUACAUCCUGUUCUAUCAAAGACGUGCUACAAUCCCUUCAUGGUCUGCCAACAGUUCUGUGGGAGGAUCUACCAGCUCCUCUCUGUGUGAGCACUGGAUCAGUCGUCUCAUGGGAAGCCGUCCACCGAGCCAAGCUUCGUCUGGCUCCUCAAGACGGACCUCUCUGGCCUCCCUUUCAGAGUCGGCUGAGUUUGCUGGUGAACGGAGUGAGGAUGAUGGGUUGUCAAGCCGGCAGGCAGUAAGAGGCAUGCAAAGACAAACAUUCACCUCAAGAUCUUCCAUCGCCAGCCCUCUUGUGCUCAGUGAAAAUGGCACCAAACCAUCUUGGCCACACUCUGCUAAGCUCCAACUCCGUUCAAACUCUCCCUCUCGUUUCUCCCUGGAGUCCCACUCCUCCUCCCCGACCCUGGAGAUGAUAGGAGAGGUGGUUGAUAAUUUCCCUGGGUCGCCUAAACCAGACAAACUGUCCGGGGGUCGAACAGCUCUCUCAGCUUUUGAUAGUAAUCUCGGCAGCAGGAGGCUGAUAGAGCAGGUUCACUCUAAGGCUGUGGCUCAGGCAGAGCUCAGGAGCUCCAUCCAGGCUGGGGAGAGCAACAACAUAGCCACAGCUGCUGAACAAAUAAGUCCUCGACAUGGGGCAGCAGUGAAGGAUCAAAAACUAAGAAAUGGCUUGGCAGAUAGCGCUGGUGUUAAGAGGAGCUCAGCCAAGUUAGAGAGCGAAAGGAGUCCUAAGAAACGUCCUGCCAACUCCUCUACGUCCUCCAGCUCUCUUUCCCCUGCAUCCCCAGCUGUUGACAAGCUACCAUCUCGAAUGCAGACCAAAAGUACAGCGUCAGUGUCCAGCCCUAAGGACAAAAACGACAGUGGUACAAGAACUAGCAAGGCUAGCUCCUCAAGAACGGCAACUCCUUCCAAGAAAGUCCCCUCCCAAACCCCUGAGGUGUUGCAUCCUGACUCUGCUCAGCAGAGAAAGAGCGGCUCCCCAGGAUCACACCCUCCGAGGAGAGCGUCACCCAGAGUAGGAGGCGAGAAAAGCUCAGCCUCAGGAAGGACUAAAGCAGCAGCAGACCGGAGCACUAGUCGAGAUUCCUCAAGGACUAAUGCGGCGCCAGAGAAGAAGGCUAACGCUGGAGGUCCUCCCUCCAGGUCAAGUGCUGCGAGCAGAGCAGAGAGCAGGCCGGGUCGCGCUGCCGAGAACAGACCGCCUGGCCGAAGCUCGAGCAGCAGCUCCUCUAUGACAAGUCUCAGAUCAUCCAGCGUGGGUGUUUCCUCUGCGAGUGCAGCCCCGCCUUCAAGGGGCCCUCGAAGGAACAGUAAGACAGAGGAGAAAGGUUUAUCUUUCUUUAAAAGUGCUCUGCGGCAAAAAGAGACUCGUAAGUCAUCUGAUGGAGGGAAAUCAGGGACAGGGGAAGCUAAAGGAAGUCCAGAGGAGGGGGGAGGGGAUGCAGCAAGAGAAGGAGCCCAACAUGGAGCGGGUAAGAAAGCCCAGAACAUCACCUCAGAGGCUAAUGCAACCUCAGCCAAAGACAAAGAGUCCUCGAAGGCAUCCGCUACAGCUAAACACUCGCUGCUGCCCUCCACAAAGUCCAAGCUCUCUGGAGCUGAAACAACCUCCCAGCAGUCCUCUGCCAACGCUAAAGAACCUUCGAAGAAAGAGCCUGCGAAAAAGACAAUGCAGUCGAGGAAGAUACCUAUCAGCUCUACACAAACUAGCCAGAAGGCCAAGUGACAUUUAAAGGCCUGACAACACUUUCUCUAAGUGCAGCUCUGAGGUGUUUUAACCAUCAAGGCAGACAUCUUUAAAGCACCUGUAGCUUUUCAGUGCUCACUGAAAACCAGCUGCCAUACUGGACGCCUGAUGUCCUCAUUGUUACAUAGCUAUUUAGGAAUGGGUUUUAACUAAGCACUUUGUAUGGAUUGCAUUGAUUUUGAGGAAUAUUAUACUGUAUUGUAAAUACGCAUGGACUGCACAUGUAUCAAAUUAUUGCCUUGUUCUGUCUGUAGCAUAGAGCAGAGAGGUACACCUCAGCAGGAGGUGGGAUAUAAAGUGACUUUGCACAAAGAUGGAAAGCAAAAUACAUGAAACAGACUACUCAGUCACCAAAGGAAGUUUACUGGCAAUUUUUAACAUGCUGAUGCAGUUAAAUUAUUUCCCAAAAAUCUUUAUGUACUGCUCUCCUUCAAUAUAGAGAGCCAUAUGUCGACCACAAACAUCAGUGCCUCAGAUAAUCAAAGAAGUAUUUAAUCUAAAUUGUAUAACUGCAGGUGUUGGUAAAUUUAUAACUGGAUUUUAAUAUUUAUUAAGCACCGGAAAUGUUGUUUCAAGUAAACCACAAUUAAGCCUAUUUAACCUGAACUGCUGUUUACAUAUGCUCCUUGAUGUAGUAAUUGUUCAACAGCCUUUAUGAAGUAUUUUUGUGCAGAGGAAUUGAAGAUUGUCAUUGAGAGGUUUUUGGGAGAAGAGGCAGGAAUGACGCAUGUGUCAUUGGUGUUAAAUGUCUGGAGACCUUUGUUUGUAAUGGUCCUUUUAAAUGUUUGUGUUUUUAUUUACCUGUUACCCCUCAGACAAACCUAAUCCCACCCUGUCACCACCUCUGAUCGUCCUCACGAGGAGUGAUCAGCCUCUUCUUCAGACUGCCAGACAUCUCCAAACAUUCCUCUCAGAUGAACACAGGGUCAAAAAAGCCACUCUACACACUUACGACACAUUCAAAGACAGCUGGGAUGCCUUUGUUUUAAAUCAUAUAUGUACAUAGAGCAUUACAGUAUGUUUGAGUCAGCCCAUCACUACGGCUUGUGCACACCUUCAGCUUGCAUUUCAGAGUAGACCGACACUGAACGCACUGACUCGACCGAAAUCACCGUCCAUGACGUAUAAGAAAGAUGUUGCAUGAAAAAAUUUUUUUGCUUAUGCAUGCACUUAACUAUGCAAGCAGACUCUUGCUAAUGCCCACACUGAGUAUGUAGACGUGCUACUCUUGGAUGUGUAUAUAUUUCUAGAACUGUAUAUUUUUCCAAAAUGCCAGCAUCAGAGAGCAUGUUAAGGCAUCCUUUAUUGAAGCUUUGUUUGCACAUUUCUUCAAAGUAAUACAUACAUUUUGUAUGAAUGAUAAGUAUUGCUCAUUCACCCUCAAAGUAAAUCAACUCACUUGCAAAUUGAUGGUUUCUGUAUUUAUUUGUCUCACAUUAUUUGCACAAUUUCCAACCUUUAUAAACUUCUAAAAGGACAUUUUUUUAUUGCCACACCAACAAAUCAUAACUGCAGUUUACAUGUUGAGUAAUAAUGUUUAUUUUUCAUCUUUAAUAGGUUGAAAUCUUAAAUGAAAACCUGAAAGCCAUGUGAGGAACUUUUGGUUGGUGUUGAUUUCAGCGCCCCCUGUGGACAAAGUGGUAUUUCUAUCCCUACCAAUUUGUUGCUCUGUACAUGUUCCAGUUGUGUUUUUUUUUUUUUUUUUACUGU